AUGUUGUUGCUAUUCUGUGUCAGAAGGAGAAGAGCCAAGUCCAAUGUCGUUUACCCUGAUAACAACAAUCAGCAAUAUUACAACAACCAACAACAAACAUACUAUCCACCAGAAAAUCCUCAAACCUCACAAACUGGCGGCUAUGGCGGUUACGGCGGUUAUAAUGCAAAUAACGAAUACGGUAACACAGCAGGACAACCUGGAUAUGGUGGAUACGGCGGUGCAACUACAACAACAACAGAUGAGAAUUAUGGAAAUACUGGUAAUACAGGAUCCGGAACAUAUUACAGCAAUGAUGGCGCACCAACCUACGAAUACCAAAGACCAGAGGGACCACCACCAGCACACACCAAAUAG